UCCUUUCAAGCUCACCCACUCGUCCGUCGCCGCCGCUGCUGUAAGCUCCCUCUCCUAUCAGACUCACCACCCAGUUGGCAGCUACCCUCCAAAGCUCUAGCAACCAAUGGCUUUACGCCUCUCCAUCUCCUCGUCUCACGGGCCGGCCUCCUCGCCGGCCAUCUCCACAUGCCGGCCGGGCGCCUGCAGGCGCUUCCCAGCCUUGCUUGGUGGCUCGGCAGCGUCCCAGAAGAGGAGCCUGACGGUGAUGACAGGCUCUGAGAUGAGGGGAGUGACCUCCGUGCGGUCGAGCAGCUUGGAGACGACGUCGGUGGGAGCUGAGGCAGUUACCGGACAGGUCACGGAGGUGAGCAAGGACACCUUCUGGCCAAUCGUCAAGGCAGCAGGAGACAAGGUUGUUGUCCUUGACAUGUACACUCAAUGGUGCGGCCCUUGCAAGGUGAUGGCACCAAAAUUCCAGGAGAUGUCGGAGAAGAACCUCGAUGUUGUUUUCCUCAAGCUCGAUUGCAACCAGGACAACAAGCCUCUUGCGAAAGAGCUUGGCAUAAAGGUUGUGCCAACAUUCAAGAUUCUCAAGGAUGGGAAGGUUGUCAAGGAGGUUACUGGUGCCAAGAUCGAUGAAUUAGCUCAUGCCAUCGAGACAGUGAAGUCAAGCUGAGAAAUACCCUGAAAAAUGUUCACGAAUUAGUAUGUCAUCAGUAGUGUACACAAUGAAUGGGCCGCGCCCUUUUGUGGAAGUGGAUACUCAACGUUCAGGGAAAAAAAUGUUAUUCUAGUUCUUCUGCUUAUGAUUUAUCAGUCAUCAAGACCAAUAUACACUCAUUCAUGUCGAGUGCUCACUGUAAAUAAUAAUUUUGCUUCAUGAGGAUACUGCUUUCUGAUA